AUGGACCAAAAUCAUCUCGUGCAAUGUGAGAUCACCAAGCGUGGUACAGCCGACGAGAAGGAAGAGGAAGAAAUCAAUCACGAACUCUUGCAAGCACUGCCCCCCCCAAAAGUCAUGGGAGACUUCGUUAAGCUCGCACGAGGAAGGACUGAUGAAAAGUUUGCCGGUGGACGCGGCACCGCAGUGCCAAAUGAGCUAAGAAAUCGGCUGGUGACCGUGGCACAAACGAAUUACCUGUACAUUGGCAACACCUGCUUGAAGAAGAAGUCAAACGGGAGCAAAGACAAGGGCCUGAAAGGCAGCUGCCACGACGACUACAAGAAGUUGGCCAGGAACCUGAGGCGCUCUGUAAAGUCAGCCGAGGUGGUAAGUGAGAGCGAAAGGAAGGUUCUCAGAAGAAACAAAGAAUUUGCUAGGGAAGCGAACGAGGACGAAGAGAGAUGA